AUGACUUACUUUUUCCUGGGUAACCUCUCCUUCCUGGAGAUCGGCUACACAACCAACAUAUUCCCCUGUAUGUUAGCCAGCUUCUUUGAUGAGGCAAAUUCGAUCUCUUUCAGUGCCGGUAUGGCCCAAUUUUAUCUGUUUGGUUCCUUGGGUGGCUCUGAGUGUCUCCUCCUGUCCAUGAUGUCGUACGACCGGUAUCUAGCCAUAUGCAAUCCUCUCCACUAUGCAGAUGUUCUGAGCGGACAGGUGUCCCUUUGCCUGGCUGCUGCCUCCUGGAUUGGUGGCUUUUUGAUCACCUUGGUAACCAUUCUGUUCAUGGUGACCUUAACAUUCUGUGGCCGCAAUGAAAUAGAUCAUUUCUUCUGUGAUUUCACCCCACUCCUGAAGCUGUCCUGUUCAGAUACUUACCUCUUCAAAAAGGUCUCUUUCUUCUUGUCUUCCACUCUGACGCUGGUCCCUUUUCUGUUAACCAUGGUGUCCUAUAUUUAUAUCCUAUCUGCCAUCCUCAACCGCCUUUCCACUGCCGGGUCACAAAAGGCCAUUUCCACUUGCUCAUCUCACCUUAUAGUAGUCAUCACCUUCUACGGGACUCUGAUUGCUAUGUACGUGGUACCAGCCGCUGAUCACUCCCUAGAUCUGAAUAAAGUCUUCUCCAUCUUCUAUAACAUGGUGACCCCCAUGUGGUCUCCAAACUGGGGUGCGUGCACCCCAGCGGGUGCCCGAGAUCAUCCCAGGGGGGGCGCGGAAGCAGGAGCGCUGCUGGACGGCACUCCACCGUUUUUUUCUUCAGCGGCAGCUCUGCACACAUCCACCGCCUGCGGCAGGUCUUCCAAUCUUCUUCCGCCGGCGGCGCGUCUGCAGCAGGUCUUCCGGUCUUCACUCUGGGGAGGCGAGACCCUGCGCUCCAGGGACGAGGUAGCUGGUGGACAGACCCCGCCGGAGCGGGGAGUGUCGGCAGGCGCCACUCUGCCUUGGACGGGGGUCAUCUCCGCUUGA